GCUGCCAAUGUUGUAAAUUCAGUAAAAACUCGUCCUCGUGUCCUAUCAUUGUAUCGGCAAAUAUUUAGAAUUGCUCGAAUAUGGCAAGCAAACUCUGGUUCAGCCGAAGAUUCGUCACGCCAAGCUGAUUAUAUAAAAGAGGAAGCAAGAACUUUAUUUCGUCAAAAUGCACAUAUUACGGAUGAGAUAGAAAUUGAAAAUCAUAUUAAAGAAGCUGAAGCAAGAAUAGAAUUAACUUUACAUUAUGGUACACCAUAUCCACGUCUAACUAAUUUACCACCAAAUACUUUAGCUGCACAUAUGAAUACAUCAACGAAAGGAUCAACACCGCCACCUUCGUCUAGUGGAAGUUUUACAACAACAACAACAACAACAACAACAACAAAUAAUAGUAAUAGUGUACAUGAAAAGAGUCGAAUAUCACGACGAACUGAACGUGCAUUAUAUGAAUCUGUUCCAGCUUAUUUAAAAUCAUAUACUUAUAGACCGAAAAAAUGA